GGAGGAGGAGGAGGAGGAGGAGGAGGUGACUGGAGACCGGCUGUCCCAGGACGGAGGCCCCAGCAGCUCUGGCUUGGCAGGGGGGACCAUGUCGUGGAUCCGGGAAGGAGAGCUGUCUCUCAUCGAGCGACUCUGUGCCAACAUCAUAAAGGCGGGCCCAAUGCCCAAGCACAUCGCCUUCAUCAUGGACGGGAACCGCCGCUACGCCCAGAAGUGUCAAGUGGAGAGGCAGCAGGGCCACUCCCAAGGCUUCGACAAGCUGGCUGAGACUCUGCGCUGGUGCCUGAACCUGGGAGUCCGUGAGGUGACGGUGUACGCCUUCAGCAUCGAGAACUUCAAACGCACCAAGGACGAGGUGGACGGGCUGAUGGAUCUGGCCCGCCAGAAGUUCACCCGCCUGAUGGAGGAACAGGAGAAGCUGCGGAAACACGGCGUGUGCAUCCGGGUCCUGGGCGACCUGCACCUGCUGCCUCGGGACCUGCAGGAACUCAUCGCCCGAGCCGUGCGGGCCACUCGCAGCUACAACAAGUGCUUCCUAAACGUGUGCUUCGCCUACACAUCCCGCCACGAGAUCAGCAACGCCGUGCGCGAGAUGGCCUGGGGGGUUGAACAAGGCCUCCUGAAGCCCAGUGACGUGUCGGAAGGACUCAUCGACCGCUGUCUUUACACAAACCACUCCCCCAAUCCAGACAUCCUGAUCCGUACCUCUGGAGAAGUGCGGCUCAGCGACUUCCUGCUCUGGCAGACCUCCCACUCGUGCCUGGUGUUCCAGCCCGUCCUGUGGCCUGAGUACACUUUCUGGAACCUGUGUGAGGCCAUACUCCAGUUCCAGGUGAACCACGGGGUGCUGCAGAGGGCCCGGGACGCCUACGAGGACGAGAGGAAGAGGCGGCAGCUGGAGAGUGACCAAGCGGCCGUGACGGAACAGCUGCUCCGGGAGGGGGCCGCGGCCGCCGGGGACCCCCGGCGACGGCGGCGGGCGCUGUUGAACCGGCUCACGGCCGCGCGGGAGGAGCGGGUCCAGGCUUUCCUGCAGGCCCUGGAGCUCAAGAGGGAGGACCUGCUGGCCAGCCUGGGCGCCGCCUCGGCCUGAGCGGGCUCGCUCUUGGGGUUCCCGGUGUGGCCAACGACCGGUGGAGGCCAAGGAGGAAACUGUCUUGGCUCGUCUGGGGAACACGGACGCGGGGCAGCCACCCAGCUGCCUCUCCCGGCCCGUCCUUUUCCCCUCCCCGCUUCAGGGGAUCUUGUAAAGGGGCGGGGGGGACAUCUUGCCUUUCCAGCAGGGCCUCCUGGCCCCGGGAGGCACGGGGCUUUGAGCCUGGAGCAGCUGAAGGAGGGCAAGCCCAUCAUCAAUCCCCACCGUUUCGGCCUGCCCGAACCGCCAAGUGAUCAUGAUCCCUUUAAUCCACUGCCAUCUUAGCCCACCCGUGGAUUUUCUUUUUCCCUCUCCUUUCCUCAGGGCUCCACACCAACCCGGGGCCGAAAGGGUAAGGGAAGGUUGUGGGGAGGGGCCGGUCGUGACCCAGGGGCAGCCCUGGCUCCCUAAAUAUAUCUGUGUCCACACUGCCGACAGGGGAGGGGUGUGCAGGAGAGGGCACCCUGAAGUCUUCCACGACCUCGGGGCUAGGCUGGGGCUAGUGUUAGGUGAGUACAGCACCCUUGCCCCCACCCCCCCGACUGCUGAGGUGAUUUAACAGGUCGGUAAGGUGAAGCAACCACAGGACUCCGCCUCGUGUUGCAUCCCAACUUCCUUUCCCCUUCCUUCCCCUGCCCCCCCCAAAACCACCAUCCUGCUGUCUCCACCCAGUUCUUUCUGCUGGACCAUCCCAGAUGCGGGGUGCCCAGAACGGUCAACUGCGUUCUGGCCCUGUGUUUGGGGCAAGUGUGGCAGCCCCUCUUUCCCAGCCCUCUGCACCCCCCCGAACCAGCACCUGGUUUGAAGAGGGCAGAUGCUGGUGACCCCCAGGUUUCCGUGGGGGAUGUUGACUGACUUGAUAAGAGAGGGACGAGGCUGGAGGCGGGAGUGUUGUAAUGCAGGCCUAAGAGUUAGGGGCUCGGCCAGCGACGAACAGGCCAGAUUUUAGGAGUGGGGUGUGGCGGGGGCCCGGCACGCCAGGCUUUUAGGGCAGAGUCGCUCCAGUUGGGUAGAAAGGUGGUGACGGAUGGUGUGGCACCUUGUCGUUUCUGCCUGCACCCUGGGGUUCUGGCAAAGGUGUGUUUGGUGGAGUAGAGUGGUGCCACCCCCCCAUGGCGUUGUAAGUAGCAGAGAUCUGGCAGAGCCGUGGAGGGAGGGGCUGCGGUCUUGCCACCCUCUUGGAUUCGACUGACAUUUGCCCCUCGGCCGCAGGGACCACCCCGUCCCCUAAGGGGACCCCACAGAUCACUUGAAGCAGCCUGAGCUGGGCCUCCCCCCACGCCCGCUGUUGGGAGGGUUUUAAUUCCCUCCUCGUGCGCGCUUGGGGCCUCGGCUAUUAAAAAGUGGAGUCUC